CCUGGAACACCCAACAUCUCUUGCUGGCUACCACUCACAAUGUCCACUCUGUCGGGUCUGAUCUCCAAGUAUCGCCUUGGACAUAAUGCUCCUCCAUCUCAUAAUGUUCCAUUGUACCUACUCGCCGGUGUAGCAACCCUCGGUGCAUGUGCAGUCAUCGUCAAUCUGACGACGACCAGUACCCUCGGAACAGAUAGACCGAGAUUCACACCCUCUCCCAAGGCAAUCGCAUCUUCUCAGUCUGCGGACAAGAACUCUAAGCCAUUGCCAUAUCCAUUAGAUGCUCUACCCGGAGCACGAGAUGUAGACAGUCCUUAUGGCACUGUUCGGCUAUACGAGUGGGGUCCUAAAGAUGGAGACAAGGUCCUUCUGAUACAUGGAAUCAGCACUCCGAGCAUUGCUUUGGCUGGUUUGGCCCAUGAGUUGGUCGGAAGAGGUUGCAGAGUGAUGCUUAUGGAUCUCUUCGGCCGCGGCUACAGCGCCUCCCCAGACCCAAAGCUGUACCGCUACGACUCAUCACUCUACGCAACCCAGAUCCUCAUCGCCAUCCAGUCCUCCCUCCUGCACUGGAAGUCCUUCACCCUGAUCGGAUACUCCCUGGGCGGCGCCAUAGCCGCAGACUUCGCAUCCCACUUCCCCUCCUGCAUCGCCAACCUCAUCCUCCUGGCGCCGGGAGGCCUCAUCCGAUCCAAACACGUGACGUGGAAGUCCCGCCUCCUCUACUCCAGCAGCAGCAUCCUCCCCAACUCGUUCGUGGAACGCCUCGUCGCGAAGAGACUCUACACGGGGCCCUCGACCGCCCGGACCAUCGAGCCCGAAUCCGACAACACGGCGAGCAGCGGCGGCGGCGGCGGCGACGGAGGGAAGAAGAAAGGCGGCGGGGGCCUACGAAGCCAAGCCGUGUACCUCUCGUCGCACACGGCGCUGCUGCCCUCGCACCCGCAGUCCACGGUCGGCGCGGUCGUGGACUGGCAGAUCGAGCACCACGCCGGCUUCGUCCCGGCCUUCAUAUCCUCGAUCCGCUACGCGCCCAUCCACGACCAGCACCACCGCUGGCGCAUCAUCCGCGACAACAUGCGGGAGGGCAAGUCGACGUUCGACAGGGUGGUGCUCGUGCUCGGCGAGACGGAUCCCAUCGUCGUUGCUGAGGAGCUCGUGCCGGAUGCGAAGGGCGUGUUGGGUGAUGACGGCGUCGAGGCAAUCGUCAUGAAGGGUACGGGCCAUGAGGUUGCGAUUGAGAGGCCCCGCGAGAUCGCGGACAUCGUCGUCAAUCAGCAGGAAAGGAGCUUUUGGAAUAGCUGAUGAUACGGCCUGUUCAUGGCUAUUCGAGGGGGAAUGUGCUGUCGAAACAUACACGUGCAUAUAUACAAAAUUCGGGAUUUCAUGAACAUUCUUUAUGACUAUCACAAGCAUUGGUCACAGUAGCCACGCAUACGCAUACGCAUAUACACAUCGCAUAUAGAAAAUCAAGAACAUUU